AUGCAGAAUCCUUUAACUUCUUCUGCAGGUGGUGUUUUUUUGCAUGGUAAUCUUGCAGUGAAACAUAGUGUCCAGCAAAGUGUGCUGGGUCAGCAAAAACAAGAAACUUGUGGUGGAAAGACAGUAUCCACAGAUAAACACAAAUCCCCUUCGGAUAUAAUACGAAGUUUUCAGAAGAAAAGUCAAUUUAGGACCAUUGCUCCAAAAAUGGUACCCAAAAUUUUAACAUCGUCAGUGGUUUCUUGUCUUCAGUCAUCUUUGCCUGAUCAAAAACCACCAAUUUCAGCUGCAGGUUCUAAACCACUGGUGGUACCAACUCAAAACUAUGCUGUUAUGCAGGUGGCUGGUCAUGAGGGGACUUUCUCCCUGUUGGCCUUGCCAUAUGUUGCCCCUGCCCUAACGCAGCAAGUCCAGCAGUCAAAUGUGGGCCCUUCUAAAAACCUAAAGCUGCCUAUCCCUAGGUACCAAUCUGCAAGAAAGAAAAUGCUGAGUGACAAAAAAACGGCACAGAUCUCUGGCUUGGGUGCACAUGACAAGGUUCCUACCAAGGCAUCAAUCUCAUCACAGGCUUCUCUCAUGACUACUUUAAGUAAAGACUGUCCUGAAACUCAUUCUAGUUCAAAUUCAACUGAGCAAGCAAUGCUAACAGACCGUGACUCAGCUGAAAUUACUGUUGCCACGUUAGUAAAUAAAAGCAAUUGUGUGGAAUCUGGAUCUCUUUUAGAGAACAAACCUGAAACUGCUAACAGUAGUGUUUCUGGACCAUCUGUAGUUAAAGACUCUUUAUCCAAGCUGGCAAGUACAAUUAAUCCCAAGAAAACAAGUCUGCGCUCCGUGAAGACAGCAUCUGAAACCACAAGAGAGUCAUUCAUAACAUCUGAGAAACUAAAUGAAAAACCCACAAAUUCUGCAAAUUCUGUUGCUGUCCUGUCACCAGCAGUUUUUGGCAGUACAAUACAGAUGACUCCAUCAGCACCAAAAGGAAAACUUCCUAUUUUGCCUUACUCAAGGAUAAAAAAUACAGUGUUCUGUAAAUCUAAGGAGAAUACUAAUGUUACAGAUGCAUCUGGUCCUUCACCAAGAUCUGAAUGUGAAAAGACAUCAGCUUUGGCGAAAACCUUUCACGUUCCUACUAAAGCUUCUGAUAAGCGGUUAGCUGUGUCAUUUACACAAGUCCCCAAACAAACCAUUCGAGAAAAUACCUUCUCUCCAUCCAAUAAAGUGGAUGUUGACAGUCUGAAAAAAAUUAAUAGUGCAGCCUCUAAAAGAAGAGGCAGGAAAAGAAGAGCCGCAGAUGAUUUAUUGGCUUUUCAGACCAAGCGAAGGAAAUGCAUCAAGAAUAAGUUUAGAGAAGGAAGAGAGAGGGCGAAAGUUGGUCUUCAGCCAUCCGAUGGCAAAAAAGCAGAAGCAGUGAAAAAAUACCGUAGUAUUAGACCAAAACCAGUGUUACUUGUGCAGGCUUUUGCCCCUCUGACUUCUGCAGCAACAGCAGAGACACCAUCUCCUAACCGCUUAGACCAAGAUACUUUUUUAAAUAGUUCACUUCCCAAAAAACAUUUAAGCUACAAACAUGGUGAUGCUGCGUCAGCUAAAUCAAGUGAUUUAAGUAGAAAUGCAUGUUCAGCCGUACCUAAGCAGUUGCAUAAAUGUCAUGUUUGUAACCACAUCUUCCAGUUUAAACACCACCUUCAGGACCAUAUGAACACUCACACAAACAAACGGCCCUACAGCUGUCGAAUUUGCCGCAAAGCAUAUAUUCAUUCAGGAAGCCUCAGUACACAUAUGAAACUUCAUCACAGCGAAGGCAAACCCCAAAAGCUCGUGUGCUGUGAAUUCUGUGCUAAAGUUUUUGGCCACGCAAAAGUGUAUUUUGGCCACCUCAGAGAAGUGCACAGGGUUGUUAUCAGCACAGAGCCCUCUACUAGCGAGCAGCAGCUGCAAGAUGCUUUGAAAAAGAGAGACACGAAUAUAAAAGAGGCAGAAGAAGCAACAGAGAGGGGAAAUAAGUGCAAUUUUGAGGACCUAUUCCAUAACCCGGGAGAAGUGAAAUUACAGGUCAGAUGUGGUCGAUGCCAGUUUAUUGCACAGUCUUUUGGUGAAAUGAAGUUUCACUUAUUGUGCUCUCAUGGAGAAGAGAUCCAGGGAAGAGUAAAGGAAGGGGGUUUGCAAGGAAAUAGAGGAGCUAAGGGGGAACUGAUCAAACAUGCAACCCACUUCUGGAAACAGCAUAAUGAGAGAAGACAUCUAGCAAAAUGCAGUGCCCAUGAGGAAGAUGUUUAUACUUUUCCAAAACUGAAAAGACAGAUCUACUUGCACCAUCAAAAUAAUGUUGAUAUAUCGUCUAAAAGCGGACUGACUCAGUCAGGAAGUGGUGAAACAGCCAAGGAGAUGCAAAAUGUAGGUUUUGGUACACCUAGCAGAAAAACAGAAACUUGCUCUAAAGUGAGCUAUAACUGCAUUUUAUGCAAACAGUUAUUUGGAAGAAAAGAGGAUCUUUGUAAUCAUUGGCAGAGUCACCAUAACUGUGAAGACCCUUCCGCUUUAUGGGCAAUUUUUAGUUUGUUAUCAAAACAAGGAAUUAUUGAACUUUCUAACAGUGGUGAAUAUUGAAACUCAGUUCUACA